GAUACCUCUAAACUUCUGAUGAGACGGCUCGUGGAUGAACCGCGCUGGGCUACAGGCGACCCCUGACCGCUAACUGUGUGACCCCACCCCCAACUUUCGGUGCUGUCUUUGGCACUUCUGUGCCCUUUUCCACCCAUCAUCCCGCCUUCCCCUCGCCUUUUUCGAUCUCGGUCUCGACCGAACAAGUUCCUGGGCUGGUCAGAAAACAACUGCCAUUCUCACACUCGUUCCACUGUUCCUUUGGUGAUAUCAUUCAUCCAACUGCGCAGGUCCUUUCGUUCUGUUUUUAAGAGCACAAACCUUCUUGGAUACGAAGACAUCAGGGCAACACACGAUAUCGAAUUAAACAAACACUCGAUACGAUACCCCGAGCACACCAACUAGCUUAUUAUACAAUGGACUAUACAAACCCAGCAUACUUCGCCGGCGUCGGCACCCAGCCGCCGUACCACUUCAUCGGUAUUCCUCCCCUCACCCCUUCGCAUUCAAACUCGGCCGCUUCGGACGACUUCAACGCCUCUCCACAGGAACUCUUCGACCAAUUUCCGAACGCGCUUUCACAUGACCAGUUCCAGAACUUCGAGGCGUUUGCUCAAUUCAACACCCAACCAUCAACUUUCGCCGGGCCCCCGACUCCUCCGACCCAGCAACUUCCUCCGACCGCGCAGCCCAUCAACGGUGCCAUACACCUUCAGCAUUCAGCUGACCUGCUACAAUCCCUCAACAAUGCCAAAGGAGAGGCGGCCGAUGAAGCCCGAGCCCGCAGACAGGGCUCAAACUCGGAUGAAGACGAAAACUUGACGCCCGCUCAGUCGAGGCGGAAGGCCCAGAACCGCGCCGCUCAACGAGCCUUUCGCGAACGCAAAGAACGCCACGUCAAGGAACUCGAGAACCGUCUCCAACAGCUGGAGGAGGAAGCCCAGUUGACCCGGUCAGAAAACGAGAAGCUGAAGCAGGACCUCCAAAAGAUCAGCACCGAGAACGAGAUACUGCGGGCGACGUCGCUUGCGGCCGCUGGCGCUGCCGCCGUCGGGUCUCCGCUAGGGAGCGCUGGGACGCCGAUGACGACGGGCCCCAUGUCGUACAAGCCGACGGACUUCUACUCGAACCUGCUGGAGAAUCACAACGAGAAGACGCCGAGCCACCGGGUGGUCAAGAGCGAGAACGGGGAGCGCCUGUUGGCGGCCGGUGCGGCUUGGGACCUGAUGCAGAGCCACGAGCUCUUCAAGCGCGGGUUGGUCGAUAUUCAGGCUGUCAGUGAGCUGUUGAAGGGUCAGGCAAAGUGUGAUGGCCAGGGCCCUGUAUUUGAGGAGAGGGCCAUUGUGGAGGCGAUCGAGCAGAGCGUGGCAAGUGGGAGCGACGAGUUGCUAUGAGACGGUGGCUCCCGAGAGCUGCGACCGAGAAGCAUGGGGAUAGGUGCAUCCUGGACGGAGAUACCCCGGCAGAAGCACCGUAUAGGACGACGAACAAGACCGGGUAUAUAUCACGCGAAGGAAAAGGGAGACACGAGGAAGCAAAAGAUGGGCAGGGAUGAAGAGAGUGCAUAUCAAGUUACAUACAAGCAUAUCGAGGGCUGGGUGGAAUAUUGGAUGAAUGGGUAUUUGUUUUCAGUCACGAAGCCCAUACCUUCGUCAGUUUGACAGGUGUUAAAGGGGGUGGGGGUAUCUUGGGGGCAAUUAUGGGAACCUCACUUGCAUUUGUCUUGGAAUAGCGGAGUUGGCUUAUCUUUUUGGAAUUUGUAUAUGACCAUGUCUUUGACCUAUAAUCGAUGAAGAACAAACAUCACAAGAUGGAAACGCCAAGGCUAU